ACCUGAGCCCUAUAGCUCCCAUCCCUCCGCCGGUACAGAUACACCAAUAGCAACUUUAGACUCGUGUCUGGGAGGCAAGACACAAGGCAGCGAUGGAAAGUGUUAGUGAGAAGUGUUUAGUGUUGUGUGACAUGUCUUGGAGAGGAGGCUGGAGGCGUGUCCCCCACCUGCAGGUUAAUGUAGUGUGCGGUGUGCUGCUGCUGCUGUCCUCCUGCUCGCUCCUGGCCUCGGCACGCCCACAGGUUGUUGCUGUAGGUGUUGUUGAGAAAGACGAAACAAAGUUUGAGAUCCCAGACACCUGUCGGGACACAGAUGUUCUGUGUGAGGAGUUGGCUGCUAAGGGGGAGUGUGAGAACAACCCAGCCCACAUGGACGUGGUCUGCCAGCGCACAUGUCAAACCUGUAAACCGAAUUCUAAUGUGAAGGGUUGCCAGGACCAGAGGGAAGACUGUGGUACUCUGGGUGCCCGGGGACAGUGUGACCUCAACGCUGCCUUCAUGAAUGUCAACUGCCCGAGGACCUGUAACUCCUGCCCGCCUGCAAGGUCCGAGGACUGUAGGGAUCAGCACGAGCUCUGCUUCCUGGGGUCCAUCCUGGGACAGUGCCAGGCCAACCCUUCCUUUUAUCUCAUCUUCUGCGCCGACUCCUGCAGGAAGUUCAUCCCCAUCUGUAUGCAGGAAAGAAGCAGCACAGUGAGGGACAUCUGCACUACAAAGGAUCUGAACCAAGGUGCAGAGUGCGGCAUAGACCCCACCACCGCUGCUGUGUCCAGAAACACAACUGUAAGCCUAACCAGGAAAAGUAGGAGCAGGAGUAGGAGCCCGACAAGGAGCGGGAGGAUGAGCUUCAGCUCUUGGCCAGGACAGCGCAGAACUAUGAGUUUCCGUCACGUGCUGGAAGCCUUAGCACUGGGUCCCUCCAGUGUUAGAGAUCCUUACCCCAGUGAUAAGACAAACACAGCGGUCGGGUCUCCGAACCAAGAAAAUAUAACCAAGGUUUUAUUCGGAAUUGAGAAUAAUUCAUUAGUAGUUGUUAGAAAAAGUAAAAACUGGAAUGUCAUAGCUAGUGCUGAAAAGCGCUGGCAAACGUCUACGGUCAUGGAUCUAGACAUGACGCCAAGGCUUCCUUCUGGCGGGGACCAAGGUCAGGGACAUACUGGGCACACUUUCGUCGACCAGGAGACUUUAGGUAGAGGUAUUCAGCGAUGGGAAAAUUCCAGUGAGUUGGUAGUGAUGUUUGGUGAUGGUUCUCGUCCGGGACCUCCAGCACUCUUGCAGCGAGUGAGGAGAGACGACAACACCUGCUGUAAUAGUACUCAAGGCUAUAUGCCAACAUGUUGUUAUUAUCGGCCUAAUUCAUGUUGUUUUUAUCAGCCUAAUUUAACAUGUUGUUAUCCACCAACAACGAUGCCACCAACAACGGUGCCACCAACAACGUUGCCACCAAUAACAGUGUCCCCAGCGCCACAGCCUCUAGAUAUCUGCAUGUUACGGAUGAGCUACAUCGAUGUCAACCUUUGCCUUCUCCUCGCAAUCGCCAUACCGAUUGCCGUACCAGUUGCCAUUGGCGCCGCAGUAGCAAUAGGAAUCUUUGGCGAGGUGUCAUCCACUACAGAAGCUCCUUCACUAUUCACUCCACCAACGCAGAGUCCACAGUCACCUCUGCCAAUACUGCCACCUUCAUCACAGUUACUGCCCCCACCACUACCACCACCACCGCCGCUGCCACCUCGAUUACCACCCAUACAACUGCUGACGCUGCCGUCAUUACCUCAACCUCCACCACUGCUGCAGUCUCCGCCGCCGCUACCGCCUCCACCACCACCAUCAUUAUCACUAUCGCCGCCACCACCCCCGUCGAUACCACCACGACUACCACCAGUACAACCGCUAACACCGCUGUCAAUACGUCAACCACCACCGCCGCCGCAGUCGCCACCACCACCACCACCAUUAUCAUCGCCACCACCAUCGUCGCCACCGUCACCACCAUCCUCACCACCUCCGCUAUCAUCGUCGUCGCCACCACCGCCACCGCCAGUGGAGGCGAGGGUACGAGCGUUAGUGCCCUUCUGUACAGGUAACGGCUACUUGAGUUUGGUGUCCCGCCUCCAGAGACUCAUCAACAGGAACACUGGCCGGCCACUCAGCCCUGUAGCUGCCUACCUCGCCCUCGCUGUCACCUUCUGCAAGCACCUUCUGCAGUACGGUGUGGGGUCUCCGGACGUCAUGGUGGGAAGGGUGCCACAAGCACCACUGCACUUCAACGCUCCUUCGCCGAUGGAGAUCCUCCUCAACGACCAAGAGGCCAAGGUGUCCCUCACGCCACCCAAGCGCUGGCCUGGAAUUAGUUAUCCAGCACUGUACCUGCACCAAGGGACGAACCUUCCACCACCACCACCUCUGCCACCCAUCGCCACCAUCUUCAACGCCAGCUCUGUAAUCGUCAACACCACCCACACCAGCCAAGAUCUGAAUGGUGCUGGAACUAUUCCUGGUAUUGGAACCAGUAAUAGCACUGAAGAUCUCCCUGAUGCUGAGGCUAUUCCUGGUGCAGGAACUGUUUUCCAUAUUAAUGAUCCUGAUGCUGGAACUGAUACUUUUCCUGGGGAUGUUGCUGCUGGAAAUGUUUCUGUUGCUGGAAAUGGUUCUGGUGCUGGAAAUAUUUCUGGUGCUGGAAAUGUUUCUGAUGCUGGAAAAGUCUCUGAUGCUGGAACAAUUUCUGAUCCUGAAAAUGUUCCUGAUGCUGGAAAUGUUUCUAGCGCUGGAAAUGUUCCUGGUGCUGGAAAUGUUUCUAGCGCUGGGAAUGUUCCUGGUGCUGGAAAUGUUUCUGAUGAUGGUGCUGGAAAUGUUAAUGGUUCUGGAAAUAUUUCUGGUACUGGAAAUGUUUCUGUUGCUGGAACUGUUUCUAGUGUUGCAAGUGUUUCAUAUGAUGGUAAUGUUUCUGGUGCUGAAAAUGUUUCUGGCGAUGGAAAUGUUUCUGUUGCUGGAACAGUUUCUGAUGCUGGAAAUGUUUCUGUUGCUGGAACAGUUUCUGGUGCUGGAAAUGUUUCUGAUGCUGGAACAGUUUCUGGUGCUGGAAAUGUUUCUGAUGCUGGAACAAUUUCUGGGGCUGGCAAUGUUUCUGAUGCUGGAACAAUUUCUGGUGCUGGAAAUGUUUCUGAUGCUGGAACAAUUUCUGGUGCUGGCAAUGUUUCUGACGCUGGAACAAUUUCUGGUGCUGGAAAUGUUUCUGAUGCUGGAACAAUUUCUGGUGCUGGAACUGUUUCUGGGGCUGGAAAUGUUUCUGAUGCUGGAACAAUUUCUGGUGCUGGAACUGUUUCUGGGGCUGGAGCUGUUUCUGGUGCUGGUAAUGUUUCUGAUGCUGGAACAAUUUCUGGUCCUGGAACUGUUUCUGGUUCUGGAACUGUUUCUGAUGCUGGAGCUGUUUCUGAUGAUGGAGCUGUUUCUGGUGCUGAAACUGUUUCUGAUGCUGGAACAGUUUCUGGUGCUGGAAAUGUUUCGGAUGUUGGAAAUAUUUCGGUUGCUGGAGUUGUUCCUGGUGCUGGGAUUGUUCCAAUUUCUGAAGCUGGAACUGCAUCUGAUACCGGAGAUUUAUCUGGUGAUGGAAUUAUUGGUGGUGCUUCAGAAGUUGCUGGUGAUGAUGGAGGUGCUGGAGAAGCCCCUGGUGAUGAUGAGGGUACUGAGGAAGUACCUGAUGGUGGUGAAGCUUCAGCGGAAAAACCUAGUGAUGAGGGAACUACAGGGAAAGUACCUAGUGAUGAUGGAAGUGCAGAAGAAUCCCCUGGUGAUGAUGAAGGUGUAUCUGUAGGCCCCAUUCCAGUAACUGAUAAUACCCUGAGAAGUCGUAGUACCUUCGCGUGCGGGGGUUCCCUCAUCUCCCCUUACCACAUUCUGACUGCAGCUCACUGUCUGGUCAUCUCUGGCGUUUCCAACACGGGCCAAGUCAGGUUUGCCAAGCCCUCAGUGGUGCGUCUUGGAGAGGUGGACUUCGAGCAGGUGGGAGAGAGCCAGGCCUUCGACUACCAGGUGGCGGGUAUCCAGGUCCACGAAGGUUAUGCCCUCCCUGCCAAGUACAACGACAUAGCCAUCAUCACCCUCAAAACUAAGGUGGAAUUUACAUCAGCAAUGAGACCUUUCUGUCUACCGCGUCAAGUACAGGACUUGGUGGGUCGCAUCUGCACUGUCUCGGGCUGGGGCCGCAGACCUGGAGGAGCGGUGUCGACGGUGCUCCACGACCUGCCGGUGCAAGUGCUCUCACAGCAGGAGUGCAGCGACAUCUACUUCAACGACCUCGACAUAAAACCCAUCGUUGACAUCGACUACCCGCUUGGUAUUGACACGCGGCUCCUCUGUGCUGGCAAGCUUAAUGACGUGUGCAGGGGCGACUCUGGGGGUCCACUGAUACUGACGGAGGGCGGAGUGAAGCAGGAGGUGGGUAUCGUCAGCACUGGGUACGGCUGCGGCUCCGCCAGAUACCCAGGUAUCUACACCCGACUCGACCAGUACAUCAACUGGAUUGACGACGAGAUACAUGGCUCGUGCUCCUAGGAGUCUCCGACGAUACGCCAAAUGGGUCUAUGUAUACCUCUAAGGGGGUUUUGGUUUCUUGUGUUUGAAGUUGUCACUAUCCCGUCUACACAAGUGUCAACACAGUCGGCCAAUCUCAGCCUUUGAUGUUUAUCUCAGGAGCAUGAUGUAAGUUGGCACUUCCAGACUCGCAUCCAUGAUAAGCUCUCCAUCUCAAGUUUUAUUUUCCUUUUUUCCUUUCUAUAAUUAAUAAGUACCUAAAUAAAGUAAAAUCCUCAAGUGUGAUAGAGAUUUAGAUGAUAUUUAAGAUAUUUACGUGAAGAUAUUUAUCAAGAUAUUUACGUGAAGCACAGUCGGCUCACGACUAGUUGGUCUUGGGUUCGAUUCCUGGACACGUUCAUCUAGUAGUAAAUAGGUAUGUAUAUGGAAGCUUUUCGACUUGUGGAUUGCAUGCUUAUGAAUGGCCAGUUGGCUGGGAUCAGGCUUCCUGACCUGGACAACGUGGAGAAGCGGAAAACAUGUAUCCAGGACUACCUCUACUGGCUCCGAGGGCUGACCUGGUCUAGUCACCUCAAUGUUUGCUUUUCAUUACACGUUAGUUUAUGUGUUGACAAGCUUUAACGUGAUAUUCUGUCACUCAACUUUGUUUUGAAUGUGUUCAUGUUGAUAUUGAUACCAUCAGAUAAGUGUUGUUGGCACUGUACUGACCUAGCUGUAAACAAGGAUAGUGUUGUUAAUGUUCACUGUGAUUUAAUGUAGUUAAAUAAGUGUUAAUAGUAGUAGUGUUAGCAGUAGAUGUAACAAUACUAGUAGCUGUAGCAUUAAAUUGUAAUAGUUAUAGCGCUGUUGUUACAAAUCUUGAUAAAAUAAAUAGUUUUAGAUUGUUAAAAUAAAAAAUAAAUUAUUAUUAACUAUGUUUAAGCAAAUAAUAUUUUAAGCAUCAAAGCCCAGCAAACAGUUCCUAUUAUGAGUUUGGAUUUGUUUUUUUUAUAAUGAUACGCACUGAAUUUCAUUUUCUUAUUCAUUUACUUUGUAUAAUAGAGAAUAUAACGAGUUCCCCCUCCUUAUCCAUGACGUAUAUGUAAAAAAGUUACCUCUUUCAUACACUAAUUGCAGAGAGCGUAGCGUAAAUUUUUGUUUAGAGAUCAUGUGUGCCCAGCAUAACAAUUGACGAUACUACAUAGUCGUCCCUGCUUUUUGCCUUCUGUAGAUAAUUACUUAAUUAAGUUUACGUGCCCCGUUCCCCAUACCCGUCCUGUCCUGGCUUACACUAUUACAUUGUCAAUAUAUGUUGACCAGACCACACACUAGAAGGUGAAGGGACGACGACGUUUCGGUCCGUCCUGGACCAUUCUCAAGUCGAUUGUGGACCAUUUUAACCGACACCACAUAUAUUGUUUAUAUUCCACUCAUUGUGCUAGUUCUUAGUGUCGUGUCUAUUCUUACUGAGCUGUCUCUCAGUGUUAACCAGUGUGACCUGGUGCCUCUUAGUACAGGCGAUAUUCACGGGUAUUUAAUUCCGAUUGGGCAUGCUAUGAUUGUGAUAUUUAUGCAUUAUUUCUUGUUGCAGUGAUGCGUAUUUAGUGAAGAGCAUGUUACCAGUUAUAGUCUUAUCACAUAUUACAUGUAUUAUACUUCCAUUUCUGUGUUGCUGUUCCUUCCUUAUGAGUUGUAUUUAUUUGGGACAAUAGUUAUAUGUGGUGUGCUGCCUUCCCAGACUACUUCGUGACAAUUAAUACCGAGAGAAAUUAAUAUUGUACGGCUUGUAAAGAAUGAAUUGGAGGAUAUUCACAACCUGCGAAACAAUUGGGAAGAGCAUUGACAAAUAUAAAGGAAUCUAAAGCCCCUGUAGUGGAUGUAAGUCAAUCCAAGAUAGUAAAGGAACUGACCAAUGAACGGGAGCCGGUCGGCCGAGCGG